AUGACUAAAGGAAGAGAAAUUAUUCAAGAAUGUGAAAAAAGAGGAAAACAUGAUAACGAAAGAGACAUGAUAAAGGAAGUGACAAAAAAGCAAGAGUCAAACAUAAAACAAACACUAAAAACAGACAGGAAAGCCCGAUGUCGAAAUCGUGCCUCCAGUCUCUUCACUGCUGCCCUGGCCCUGGGCCCGCGCCCUCCAUGGCACCGCCUGCGGCUAUGCGCGCACCAGGCCCGGCGCCCGAGCCUCGUCUAUACCGAGCCGUCAAGACCUGGCCGUUUUCCACCAGCCCGUCACCCCCUGCCUGCCCGCUCGAUACCCCUCAAAGCAGGCGUCUUGCAUCCACAGAAGCACACCGGCCAACCGAGCCCCUUUCUGGACACCAAAAAAGACCCCACUUCCGCAGCCCUCCUCAUGCUAGGCAAAUCAGAGCCCGCCAAGCUGCGCAGCCUGUCGCCACAAAGCCCCAGCUCCUCGGAAGAGGACUUUGAAAACUCGCUCGACUCCGCGCUUCGUCUGGCAUCAUCCAGCUACUUCCACUGGGCCGGCCGCCGCAGCUCGCUGGCGGCGUCCCUGCGCCUGGGAUCCGGGAUCCUGCUAGCGACGCUCCAGGCGACCCGAGAAAACGGCCUGCAGCCGACCCUUUUCGCCGACGACGACGCAAGGCUCAGCCACGGCUGGGACUCUGACGGAGCAUCGCUCCUUGGUGAAACUGCCGCCCCCAGCCGCCCCAGCUACCACCUUGGAACUCGCAUAUCCCCAGCCCCCGGAACCGGCCGCGUGGCCACACGCUACGCGCCCGUAUCCGUGACCCGCCGGCUCCGUGCGCUCUUGCGCUCACUGCUCGGGCUCUACCGGUUUGUGCGCAGCGAGUUCUCGCGGGAAUGGCGGCAACAAGCGGACCUCCAGCGUCACGCCGAGCUCCAACAGCAGCACGAAUACUCCCAGGACGAGUCCCACGAGACAGGCGCCGCGGGCGCCGAGCGGCUCGUGCUGCCGCGGAAUGCGCGGCAGAAGGCCUUGGUGCUGAACGCGGUGCUGAACGCAAAGUACAACCCGGUGACGUUCGUGCCGGUGAUUCUCUACGAGCAGUUCAAGUUCUUCUUUAACUUGUACUUCUUGCUCGUGGCCCUCUCGCAGGCGGUGCCGCAGUUGCGCAUCGGCUACUUGUCGUCGUACAUCGUGCCGUUGGCGUUCGUGUUACUCGUGACCAUGUUGAAGGAGGCCGGCGAUGACAUCGCGCGCCGCCGCCGUGACAUCGAGCAGAACAACGAGCAGUACGAGGUCUUGAACCGCUCCUUCUCCUUGGGCCUGGAUGUGGCGAGCGUGCCCCUGAAGAACUUAAAGGUCGGCGACUUGGUACGCCUCCACAAGGAUAUGCGCGUGCCCGCGGACUUGGUGCUUCUCCACUCUUCUGACCCCAACGGCGAGGCUUUCAUCAAGACAGACCAGUUGGACGGCGAGACUGACUGGAAGCUCCGUGUCGCGUGUCCUGCCACACAGAAGGCCGCCGACUCUGCGCGCCUCGUCGACAACGUGUCGCUCGUCGUAGCCCCGCCGACAAAGUCCAUCCACAGCUUCCAGGGCAAGUUGGUGUACCGCGACUCUUCUGGGAUCGAGAGCACCGUGCCAUUGACCGUGGACCAGACGCUCUGGGCAAACACGGUGCUCGCCUCUGGGACCGCCGUCGGCAUUGUCGUGUACACCGGAAUCGAGACUCGCCAGCUGCUCAACACAACCAUGUCCGGCGUAAAAACGGGGCUUCUCGAGAUUGAGAUUAAUAGCAUCUCGAAGAUUCUAUGUGUCACGGUAUUUAUUCUUUCGGUGGCGCUCGUCCUUGCCCAGGGGUUCCCACCGAGCGGCACGUGGUACAUCGAUAUCUUGCGUUUCCUUAUCUUGUUUUCCACAAUCAUUCCUGUAUCGCUCAGGGUCAACCUUGACUUGGCAAAGUCCGUCUACGCAUCGCAGAUCCAAAAGGACGCCGACAUUCCGGGCACGGUUGUCAGAACUUCCACCAUCCCUGAGGACUUGGGGAGAAUCGAAUACUUACUCAGUGAUAAGACAGGUACGCUCACACAGAACGACAUGGAGAUGAAAAAGUUGCAUUUGGGGGCGGUCUGCUACGCGGGCGAAACCUUGGACAUCGUUGCCGAAAACGUCGGCAAAUUGCUUUUAAGUGAGCUGACAGGCUCGUCUUUGAAGCGCAGAGACUUGGCUACAAAAGUUUGUGAUUUUGCACUAGUGCUUGCUUUAUGCCAUAAUGUGACGCCCUCUGAGGAAGACGGUGCGAUUUCAUACCAAGCAGCCUCACCCGAUGAAAUUGCUAUUGUCAAAUUCUGCGAGCAGAUCGGACUCAAAUUACUAAAAAGAGACAGACACUCCAUUACGCUUCUACACUCAGCCACGUCCCAAGAAUUGCAUUUCGACAUCUUAUACAAUUUCCCAUUCAACUCCGACACCAAAAGAAUGGGCAUCGUAGUUAAGGAUGUACAGAAAGAUGAGGUCUGGUUUAUGGAAAAAGGCGCCGAUACUGUGAUGACAAAGAUUGUCAACAGCUCUGACUGGUUGGAUGAGGAGACUUCAAAUAUGGCCCGCGAGGGUUUGCGCACUCUCGUUAUUGGCCGCAAAAGAUUGAGUGUUUCUGGUUUUCAAGAGUUUGCUAACGAGUACGAAAAGGCAUCUUUGUCGAUGCAUGAACGUGACGUGAAUAUGCAAAGGACUGUUGCACAAUACCUCGAGACAAAUGUCGAGCUUCUUGGGCUCACUGGUGUCGAGGACAAGUUACAGAAGAACGUCAAGACGUCUAUCGAACUCUUGAGAAACGCAGGUGUAAAAAUUUGGAUGUUGACUGGAGACAAAGUCGAAACCGCCAAGUGUGUGGCAAUCAGCGCCAAAUUAAUUUCGAGGGGUCAGUUUGUUCACCAAAUCACCAAGGUGACCAACCCAGACAUGGCCAUGAGCCAUCUUGACCAAAUCACAAAUACGUCAAACUCAGUCUUGUUGAUAGACGGUGAGUCAUUGGCGGUGUUUAUGAAGUAUUUCAGCAAGGAAUUCUUCGACAUGUGUAUCUUGCUUCCUGCCGUCAUCGCUUGUCGCUGCACGCCUCAACAAAAGGCCGACAUAGCGUUGGCGAUCAAGAAAGCAACAGGCAAGAGGGUAUGCUGCAUUGGAGAUGGAGGAAAUGAUGUGAGUAUGAUUCAGUGCGCCGACGUGGGAGUCGGAAUUGUUGGCAAAGAAGGAAAACAAGCCUCCCUUUCUGCUGAUUUCAGUAUUGAUCAGUUUCACUUCUUGCUGAAACUUUUGCUAUGGCAUGGAAGAAAUUCUUACAAGAGGUCUGCAAAGUUAGCGCAGUUCAUCAUUCACAGAGGAUUGAUUAUUUCUGUUGCACAAGCCAUCUAUUCGAUAUCGUCCAGCUUUGAGCCUCUUGCCUUGUAUCAAGGAUGGCUCAUGGUCGGCUACAGUACUCUUUACACAAUGGCACCAGUGUUUUCCUUGACGCUUGACCAGGACGUCGACGUGAGACUCACGAAGUUAUACCCCGAAUUGUACAAAGAGCUUACUUUGGGCAAGUCCUUGUCAUAUAAAAGCUUCUUCAUGUGGGUGGCGAUCUCGCUCUUUCAGGGUAGUGUGAUCCAAUUGCUUUCGCAGGCAUUCCAGACUUUGGAUGAAGAGAAGUUCAAAGCCAUGGUCAGCAUUUCAUUCACAACGUUGAUUCUUAAUGAGUUGGUUAUGGUGGCAUUCACGAUUCGCACGUGGAACAAGAUGAUGUUCAGUACCAUAGUCAUCACAUUCAUGAUUUACGUGUUGCUGGUUCCGUUUUUGGAUGAAUACUUCGAUCUGGAUUAUAUCACGUCCGUGUCAUUUUGUUGGCAAGCAAUGAUCGUUCUCGUCACGAGCCUUCUUCCUGUUUGGCUCUUGAGAACAUUGAACCGGAAAUUGAGGCCCCCCUCGUAUGCGAAAGUCCAACAGCAUUAGGGCUAUUGUCGAAAUUGAAUGGUGCAAAAUUCUCACAACCAAGAGC